GCGCGCGCGGAGCCUCCUCCAGGUGGGAGCUGCAGGUCGACGACAACUUCUCUUCACUUCCCCCCCCUCUGACUCUGCGGUCCGCUUGAGAGUUGACAGACAAACUGCACUGACAGUGUGGGAGAAGUCAGUAGCCUACAUCCGAACAAAACGGAUCAGUGCACGCGGGUACGACCAAAUCCCGACUCCAGUCGCUUCCUGAAGUGCUUUUCACGGAAAUGGUUCACCUGAAGUUUUCCUUCGGACGGUGAAAGUUUGGAGUUGGAGAGGAAGGACGCAGCAGGGAGACGCUUCAAAUGGAAAGAGGGUGAAUAAACCCAACUGUAUCAUAAAAGUUCAUCAAGGGCGUUGCUCCAGUGUGAGGUGCUAUGUCAAACCGUGACUCAAUGGGGUUUGGGGAACUGAUUCCCCAGGAUGUGGUCGAUAUUUUUGCCCAGGACAAGCACAGCAAAAGGGGCCGGAAGAAGCGCCGUAACUCCCUGGGCCGGGCUCUGGGCUGGCUGAAGGGCAAGAAGAGGAAGGAUCUCAAUGCUAAGGGGCAGAGCCUGGGACUAGGUCCUGCACUCGACUUAGCUUUGGAUGGGCACCCUGCUGGACAUCAGGGUGGACACAAGGGAGGACAGAAGUCAGGAAGGCAGGCUCAUCCUCAAGCUAUCCCAAAGCGGGAUGACGAUGACAAGACCCCAGCACCCCCGUUGAUCCAGGAGAACGUGUUCAUCGAGGGCAGCAGGCAUCAGUACCUGGAGAACCUUCACACUGAGGCCCUGGAGGGAUUGAAAAUGAUGCAGCAGGAAGAAAACAAUCAUGGAAUGGAAUUCCAGGACAAUGAAAGCACAGUUUCCACAAUAACUGUCCACACAGACGGGGAAGGUGGAGGGUUUAUGACAGACAGUACCAUUGCUGACACAACUUCUGUCGUCUCUGUACAAUCAUCUGUGUCCACAAGAUCUUCCCGCUCUGGACUCACCAGGCAAGAAUCAACAUUCAGGCCCUUGAACUCUGGGAAAAAGACCAAGACAAGGAGAAGACACAGGAAGACUGUUGUGGGCAUCCCACAGCAUGUUCAGAGAGAACUGGGCCUGGACAGAGUUGGUUGGUCCCUGACUCAGAGGUUAGAUGAGGAACAGCUUUAUAAUGGUGAAACUGACGACAGCACAACCACUGAUGGGCCACAGUGGGCAGCACAGUCACAAAAGGGAGCCAGUGCCAGCCUUCAGCACAUGAACGUCAUCCAUCCCCUCAACGAAGGCCGACUUGAGCAGCUCGGUGCCACCCAUGCUGGUCAUAGGGAUGACCUGGCCCUGCUGCACCGCCUGGGCCCUGACUUGUCAGGUGGGCAGAGGCCUCGGUCCCUGGCCGUUCCCUGGAUGACCACUGCCAACAGCCUCCAGCAGGAGCCACCAGGCCCUGUCAUGUCCAUGUCACCCCAGGCCCCCUACAUGUCCAAAAUCAUUCCCAAUGCUGUGUUGCCACCCUCAAUCGAUGUGGUGGAAAUCAGCCGUGGACGAAGUCGCAACAGUGUCCGCACCGUCAGCAAGAGCAGCCUGCUGCUAUCCAGCCCAGCCCCCUCCCGUGCUUCCUCUAGAGCCUCUUCCUCCAGAACCACUUCCUCCAGAGCCUCCAACAUCACCUCCGCCUCCCGCUACAACCCUUCCAAUAUGUCUGACAGCUCUUGUUGGAGCAACUCUGAGUCGUCAGAGACCUUGGUAUCUGACUCCUCUACCAUCUCAAUCAACAGCACCUCCAGACGGAUGAGGUCACAGGACGGAGAUGCCUCUGCAAAAGAGGACAAAGUCAGUGUUUACUCCUCAAUCAGCAAGGCUUCAAAAUGCACCUCCAAUGGCCAGCUCAUUUUUAAGCGAGACGAGGUUAAGAAAGAGGGGUCAUUUGCGCGUAGCCUCUCUGUCAUGAAGCCCAAGAGGGCUCCUCCUCCUCCAAGCCGCUCCUAUUCCCUUCACAAUAAGAUGAAGCGACGGUCACGUGAUCUGGCAGAGGUUAGGAUCAACUCAAGGGAAUCUCCUCUCCAUAACGCCUAUGCCUCUGGUGAUGAAAAUGAGAAAAACAGAUCUUUUCCUGUGCCGUCCAUAACCAUAGACAACCCUGGAUACAAUGCUGACACCAGUUCUCUGGACGACUCCACAGGUUCUGUGUCAUUCAGUCCCAUCAGAUUGCAGCUGCAGGCACUAAAGGCAGAGGCUGAUGCUGCAAAGGUUGAGAAAACGGUUUCCAAAGAUGCUUUACAAGAGAUGCAGAAACCACUUCAGGAGAAUGAGCCAAGCAAAAUAAUAUCCCCGUCCAGUGGUUACUCCAGCCAAGAUGGCAGAUCCCCACAGCUUUCUAAACAGCCCCAGUACACCUCUCCAAGGCAUAAGAUCAUCUUAGCAAAACUUCAAAGGUUAUUUCCUGGGUCCACUCCUGCUGCUUCAACUUCAUCCCCUCUCCCGCAGCCAGAUUAUCUCAAACCUGACACCACAGUCGAUGCGGUCAGUGUCAGCCCUUCUGUAAGGGCCUUAAGAGAACUCUUCAACAUCCCUCCGCCACCUAAAGUCCAUGCACCUCCACCCCCUCCUCCAGAGGUAUGGGCUCAUAGCAAGCGUUCCGUUGAGCUGCUGCUAGGACCCCCGGCACCUGAUAACCUUUACGCCAUCAUAAAGAAAAAUCCAAAGGACAGGAGACAACAGAAGCAGUCUCCUUCUGCAUCUACAGAGGGCUCUGUGAAAAGCUUGGUGGUAGAAAGGAAACACAAGAAUCCGGCUGUAACAGUGGAGUCCAUUAAUGGAUCCCUACAAGCGCUGCAGACAAAGAAAGUUCAAGAAAGUGAGAUUUUGAGUGCAGAGAUUCACAAAGAGAACAAUGACAGACUGGCUGAGCCGAAAGUUGAUUUGAAAGGAAAUAGCAAAGUGACAGAAAAAGUUGAGAAAGUAAGAGUAAGUGACUUAAUAAAUGGGAUGUUAGUGAAGGCUGUAGAGAAACGCGAAGGAAGGCUGGUAGCAGUGAGAGAAGAAGAAGAAGAAGAAGCCAAAAAGACAUCCACACAAACUACAGAGGUAAAGACUGACAUGGAUAUGUUACCUGCCAUUUCAUUAGUGCGCAUUCCUCCAUCUCCCUCUCCUCCUCCGGUGCACCAUCCUCCCCAACCUCCCACCAAACACGCCACAAAGAUUGCUUCUGUCACAUCAGUUAUUGUGUCCCCAGAGUCGUCUUGGCCCCCACCACCUCCACUAAUGGCACAGGCGGAUCCGGAUCAGCUUGAUUUCCCUCUCCCACCUCCCCCAAUGUUUGGUGAGGUGGGGGUAGUUCUACCUGUUCAGGUGCCACCAGAGAGAUCUAUUCCUGGUGGUGUCUCCUCUUGUACAACUACAUCUGUUACAUCAGUGGUGAAAACAGAAUGUGUUAGGGUGGCCACAGAGGCUGAACCAGAGAAGCCCAGUACAUCCCAGGGGAUCGUACUUCCACCCCUGAGUAUCCCACCUCCCCCAUCGUAUAUGGCUCCCCCUCCACCAGUUAAAGCAGUCUCCCCUCCUAUGACUGAAAAGGUCUCUCCUCCACCGCCACCUAAAGAGGUUUCUCCUGUGAGGCCCAAAGAGUCCUCUCCUCCUCUGGUUCAAGAGAGCCCCCCUCCAAAUGGUAAUUAUGUCUCUGUCACACAGGUUACGGUGGUACCUCCUCCACCAGUUAAGGAGGUCUCCCCUUCACUGGUUAUCGAAGUCUCCCCUCUGCCUCCUAAAGAGGUCUGCACUCUGUCCACUGAGGAGAUUUCUCCUCCAUCUCCUCAAGAGAGUGCCUGUCAAUCUUCUGAAGAGGCGACACCCGUUAUCAAGCUCACUCCACCACAAAGUAUUCCACCGCCACCACCCCUACCGUCACAACCCAAGUCAUCAGAGCAGGAGAUUGAUCUUUCACAAGAGAGUAUCCCAUCCAAAUCGGAAUCUAACCUAGUUUCAUCCAACAGUAUUCUCACGCCCCCUCAGAGUAUUCCCCCUCCGCCUCCCAUAGAGCUUCUCAACCAACCUCAGGUUGUACUCCCAAACACUGAUGGCCCAGCAACCCAGGAGCCUUCCCCUUCACCACCAUCUGAAAUCUCUAUCCCACUAGCUUUUGAAACCACUUCACCAGUAAAGGCUCAAGAACCGGCUCCUUCUCCACCUGUAUAUAUUCCUUUACCUCCACCUUUCCCUGAGCAGCGUCUUGUCAAUAUUAAGGACCAGCCUAGUCCUGCAAGCGCAGAAAACAAAACCACAGAGCUGACCUCUGCCCCUGUUGUACAGGAGGGACCCACUCCUAUUGUCACCCCCUCCCUUCUGCAGAAGGUCAAGCUGCGGCCAGUCAACAGCAUCCCUGAGACUCCUAAAGCUCCGGAGCCGCCAGAGGCCACCAUGAGGGAGCAGGAGCCCAGCAAUCUUGGCCAAACCUCAUCUGCCAGUGGUGAAGCUCCUCAGAAGCCCAUCAGAAGGUCUCUGAUCAUUGUCUCUAACACACCCAUCAAUCCACCACCCAACUCUCCACCACCCACCUCUCCACCUGCCAUAGUUACUGCACAACCAGCUUUGCCCAAGUCCCAGUCUGUAUUGGUUCUACCUGCAUCUUCAUCCACAGUCGCCUCCCCUACAACAAAGGCUCCUCCUGCCAUGACCUCCUCUCCUUCCAUGAACCUACAGGAGGCCAUCCGCCUGAGAACGGCAGCCAGAUCAAACGCCGGCCCUGGAUCUCGCCUUAGCUUGAACUCACCGACAUCACCAAUAGACCUCCGUAAGUCCCCUUCCAGCACAGCAAGCUUUAUCUUCUCCAAGAGCAACAAGAAGGUGGCGAUUGAGACUAAGUCACCACCGGAGACCAUGGCAACUGUACAGAAGAAGGUGGUGAGUGAAGCGGAGUCAGUGAAGCAGGGAGUCAAGGUGCCACCACCUGUUGCAAGGAAACCCAAAGCGAAGGGCAAAGAGAAUGAGACCAGUGAAGAGACAGAGCAAACUGCAGGACAGGAAGCACUGCAAGAGAGUAUCGAGGAUGCUGCGGAGAUAACAAAUGGGACAGCAGGUACUGUUGAAGGAGGCAUGACAUGAUUGUAAAGACUGAAGGAGACCUGGGAAGGACUUACCAAUAACACUGAAUUUGCUGCAAGUUGGUCUUUGUAUUUGAAAGAAAAGAAACUGGAUUUGGAUAGAUGAGAUGCUUAUUUCAAAGAUUUUAAAGAAAAUCCUUUGACUUUGAUGUUAAUGGUGUGGGUCUUAAUUUUCUCACAUACUCAUUUUGCAUUUUACUAAGAGUGAAUACAGCAUAUUUUCUUUUGCGAGGGGCUUCUGAGCUUUACCUUUGCAAGAGAUGGGAAUAUACCACCCUCUAGUGUCAAACAUUGAUUGUACCACUUAUGUCCUGCUGAAUUAGAGCUUUUUUAGUCAGUACUCAUAACAAUGGGACUUUGGGGCACUCAUCUGUAAAUAUAGCAAGAUUUUGUACAUUUAACAUAUCCAGUAAUGAUGGAUCUGUGCUCUGUAUUUUCUCUAAACGAGUUUCCACACAAAUUGUUAAAAAAUAUGAAUUAAGUUAUUUUUCCUGUUUUCAUGUUCAAAGGGUCUCUACAUACAGAAUGUCUUCUUUGCAAUGUUGUUGCACCAUAAUUUCAUUUAAAUCAAGUUUGUCUGUAUAGCUCGUUUCCAAAUUUAUGUUCUCAAAAAUCUGUCUUUUAUAAUUCAAAGCUCUCUUAUGUGCAUGACCAUUAAUGUCAAAGAAACAAUGAGCAGGCAUGUAAAACAAUACUAGUCAUUUUCUGCUGCUUUUAGUUACUGAUAAUGGAGGCAUUGCCUUUCCUCAGUUAUUGCUCAAACAGUGGGAUCUUUCUGUGUUGAACUAUAAUAUUUCAAACUGGUAUACACUGUAAUAAAUCAUUUAUAAUGGAAAAGAAUAAAGAGGUAUGGACAGAUCAAAUUGUCACAUUGA